AUGAAUUUUACCCCAAGAGAAUCCAACUUUUCUGCGACAGUUAAAAAAAUCAUAUCCCAAUGCAAGGCUUCACCACAAGAAUAUAUUAAAGUUAACACCAUUGCGGAAAACGAAAACUGCGAAAAAAGAAGAUUAUACGAUUUAUUUAAUGUGUUAUGCUCGCUUGGUUUGUGCACCAAAACUGUCAAUAAAAUGUAUUGCUGGUCAGGAGAAGACAAUAUGCUCAAGACAAUCAACGAAGAAUAUGAAAGAGUUGAAUCCUUAGCAAUAAACAAUGAUUUCUGGACUAUUUUUAAGAUGCCUGAAUCUCCUCCUAUUGGUCAACUUGCCUUGACCACCGUAAUUAUCUAUCUCUUCUUUGGAACUAAUGAAAUGGCGCUCAAGCAAGUAUGCCUUGUUAUGGCCCAGAAGCGUUCAAAAAUGAGUUGUUUGCUUAGAAGACUUUAUUUGGCCGCAUUCUUCUUAGAGCAAGUUGGCGUCAUCGCUCAUUCUUUCCAAAUUGGUUCAUAUACCUUACUUUUAGACUACAAAUAUAUUAUAUCUAGCUCCUUCUCAAAUAUGAAAGAGCGCCUUGUUUUUCCGUUUAACUCUAUUGCUUCACAACUCCAUAGAAUUGAUGAUAAUUACUUACAUGAAAUUAAAUAUAUUAGGAAUCAGCUAUUGAUUCAAAAGAUGAAGGCUACCCAUGUCUCCAUUCUUCCAAACAAUGGUCAUGAUAAUGAUCAAGAUCAGAUCGAAUAUGAACCACCAUCUCCUGUGAAGAUGGUUGAAAUUUAUUAA